AUGGCGCAUUUUCUAUCAGAGCCGCCAUCCCGCAGUAGCAUGAGAGCUGAUGAUUGCUUGGGGGCGGCCACAAUUGAGCCCGCUCAGGCCCCAGCUAUCAGUAUCAGGCAGUCCUCCAAUCGAAUUGGCCUUGGAGUAUUUGCGGAAACCAACAUCUCUCACGGCUCGCUGAUUUUCCAAGAAAGACCUGUUUUCGAGGCCACUCACGACAACUACUGUGACACAUGCUUAAAAGAUGGCCCGGCAACGUAUAAAGCACUUCCUCUCAAGAAGAAGGCCCUGAUGCAGGCUGCGUUCCGGCCAAUAGCAAAUGCGGACCAAAUUCCGCUACAAAAAGCCUACGAAAUACUUCCUGAAAUUGGCAAAAUGGUCCGCCAGCCGACCAUUGUCGAAUUCGAUGUGACCCUGGAUCAGUACAUGUCCAGCACGUCGUCGGCUUCCUCGCUAAGAUGGCCGACACAAUACGACAAACAGAUUCUAAAAUUUGUCCGCUUGUACGCCUUUCGUGCACCGGAGGAUUGCGGGAAAGGGAGGCAUGGCGCAUACAUCUAUCUCAUCGGCUCCUUGAUCAACCACAAAUGCAGCAAGUUCAACUGCAACUUUAGCUUUCAAGACGGCGAGAUCCGGGUGAUUGCCAGAGCUGAUAUAAAGAAGGGCGAAGAGUUGAGCAUAAACUAUGGAAUACCAGCGUUUGACUGUUUUUGCGAGGAAUGCGACGACUUGAGAAAGUCAAAUACCCACUAUCGUUUGAGUUGUACGCUGAGCUAA